CUGUAUGCAUAACCAUUGGAUUAAGAGCUUCUAGCAGUGACAGAUAGCAUUCCUCAUGGCAUUCUUUGGCUGGCAAACUACACGGAUUGGCGCUCGGGCAAGCCUCUUUCCUGACAGCAUGAGUUAUGUAGGGAAGUGAGCUUGUCAAAGAUGAGGAGCGGGAAAUACGCCGCAGCACAGGGAGAUGUGCUGGGCAGGGUUGCGACGAUGGACUCGGCCGCAGUUGAGCUCAAGCUGCUUGACCUUGCUAAGCUCGUGCGAACUGCGCAAGAAUGCCAGCACCAAAGCGACGUGCUCCACGGCUUGAAGGAGGACCAGUUGGCGGUUGGCAUAGAGGCAUUGCAGCGACAACUGCAACAGCUGCAGCGGGCGGUGUGGGCAGCGCCGCAUGACGGCAUUGGCGCCGGUGCCAUCGGCGCUGGCGGGAGCACUGCGGCACUUCGGGCCUCUUCCGCCGCCAGCUCGGACCUGUUACUGGCUCGGCGAGCAGAACUGCAGGCUCUAGAGGCUAGGCUUCAGGCGCUGGAAGCUGCUGCGGCGCGCGACGCGGCAGCAGCGAAAGAGGCCGCGGCAGCCCGGGAGCAGGUGGAGCGCAUGCUGCUGACGCGCGUCAUCGCGCUGGAGGGCAGCGUGGCGGGCGGCCGGGCCGUGCGCAGCGCCUGGGCGGAGCAGCAGGACAUCCGCCGUCUGCGUCAGGACCUGGCGAACCUGACGUCGGGCGUGGCGGGAGCACUGUCCUGCUUGGGGCUCCAGCCCUGCCUCGGCGCGGCCGCGGGGCAAGCGGAGGAAGAGGGAGAGACAGCGACAAGUGGUGGUGGUGGUGUUGCGGCAGGCUCCGAUGCCGAGGCGGGGUUGCGGGGUCAGGGGCUGGAUGAGCCACGCGCGGUGGCAGCUGCGCGGCGGCAGCUGGCAGCAGGGCUGGGCCAAGGGUCGGUAGGCGUUGGAGGCAGCAGCACCGGACAAGAGGAGGGCGCUGAAAUCGACGCCGGUAGUGCGGCAUGCAUGCCUGGGAUACCCACUGCUGCUGCACGUGUUGCACCCGCAGCUCCAGCUGCGGGUGAGGACGCUGGUGUGAAGGCGCGCAGGGCCAGCGCACUGCAGGAUUUGCCACCGGUGCUGCAAGAAGCCAUGGACCGGACGGCGCAAACUGCUGCGGCUGCAGCCGUUCAGGCUUACGAGGCGCGCGUUGCGGCUCAGUGGGAGGCUGAUGCGGCUCGUGUUCGCGCCCUGGUGGGCGUGGUGCAGAGCCUGGGCGGCGCUCAGCGUGCACUGGCGGGCCAGGUUGAGCAGCUGGCAGAGCUGUGCCCCCGGCUGCUGGAGGCGCUGCAACAGGCCAGGCAGCCGGUUGCGACACCUGCGAGCGCUUCCGCAACCACGGGUGCCCCGGCUGCGGGCGGGCCCGGGGGCGGCCGCGACGCUCAGCUGGAGGAGGCGUACAUGCUUGCGGCGGAGGCCGGCGGGCUCAUGGCGGGUCUGAAGAAGGCUCUGGCGGAGGCGAUGGUGCUGGGCGCAGACGGCGCUGCCAGCUGGUCGGAGCAGCUUGACGCGGCAGUUGCCGGGGAUGUCACGCUGCAGCCGAUGCUGGGGGAGGCCAAGCUGCUGCGUGCCAGAUUGGCAGCGGGGGCGGCCACGGGGGUAGCACCGUCAGAUGCCACAGAUACGGCAGCAGCAACAGUUGCUGCUGCUCCAAAAGGUCCGCAGCAGCCGCCGCGUCCGGGCGCUCUGGGAGUUCUCCAGGACGCCACCAAUACGCUGCACGGACACCGCGCCGCGAACACCGAGAGCGCUGAGGGUGCCACAUUCGUCAUAUCCGGUACCAACGAAUGCACCGGCAAGCCCCCGCUCGCCAGCACCAUGCGGCAAUCCUCGACGAGCCUGCAGUCACCGGAGGCACUGGCAGCAGCCUACGUGGUGCCCAGUGCGCCGCCUGGGUCGGGCGGCGGCCACCCAGGGCCCUACCAUCAGAGCCUCCAAGGCACAGCAGCCAGCGCCUCCAGUGCGGUGUCCGUGGUGUCGCUUGCCGACCUUGCCAGGCCGCCGUCUGCAGCGGGCACCGCGCAACCACACACGCUCCUCACAUUUGUGCCCCAGCAGCAGCAGCAGCAGCAACAGCACGCCGGGUGCCACUCGUACUUGUACCCGUACCGCUCGGAGAACCCAGCAGACGGCUUCGCAGUAAACAUCCAGGCACUGCUGGCGCACCAGCAGCACCACCACCACCACCACCAGCAGCAAGCUGCUCAGCAGGCAGCCCUGGAGCCUGCUGCUGCAGCUUCGGCGACCAGUUAUGCGGCAUGCGUGGCUGGCCAGUGUGGACACAGCGCCCAGCAGUCGGCACACGCAGGACCUCAUGCUGCGGCUGCACCUGCGGGCGGCUGGGCGGAGGGCAUGCGCACGCUGGCCCUCAGCGCGGCCCUGGCGGCGCAGGUGCAAGCGGCCCUUCAAGGCCUCAGCUCAUCGACGUCCCUGCUGCACGCCGGCACUGCUGCGGCGGCGGGCGCACUGUGCGGCCAGGCUGCUGGCGCGGACACGGCUGUAGCCGCGGAUACAGCGCAGGUGCUGCCACCGGGGGUCGUUGACUUGGACGCUGCGACGGCAGCUGGGAUGGGGAGGCCAGAGGUCGGCCUGCCGCAAGCUGUGGGAGCGCCUCUCGCUAGCUCGCCUGCAGCUAGCUCAUGCGACUCGCAGUUUAGCCCCCGCAGCGGCAGGUCAAUGGCCCGACUGCGGCGCUGGCGUCAGCAGGAGGCAGGCACCAGCGGCACGUCGCGAGCCGCGAGCGGUAACCCCGCUGGUCGAUGCGGUGGAGGUGUGCGCGAAACCCCAGGGUGCAGCCCUGCGCUGCGCACUAAGAGAGGCGGCGCGGAGGUGGGCCGGGACGAGGAGGACACGUGGGGUUGGCUCAGCAAUGAUGAUGAUCAGCCGCGAUUGCCGUUGGCCACCGCGAAGGCAUCGGGGGCCAAUGACCUGCCGCCGAGGCUCAGGCCCGCAGCGGGUGUCACAAGCACGAGCAUGCCAGGCUGUGGCACUGCGGGUGCAACAGCUCCUCCUGGGCGUCUCAAGCGGGUUGUUGGGCCAGCUGCAGCUGCAAAGACGCUGGGCUUGAAGGCACAGGCGAAGCCAUCCCCUGCAAACGAAGCGCAUGCGGUUGCCAAGGCAGCCGCAGCAGGGCCUCCAAUUGCCGCGAGCCUGCGCUCUCGGCGAGCUGCUGAGCCGCAGGGUAGCGGAGCACAACACCUGGAGCCCUCGCCUGCACGGCCGGCAGCCCGGCGCGCGCCAGGGACAUCAACGACAGCGUCUCGUCGGCGCCCCUCCUCGGCCACGCUGACACCGGAGGUCUCGCCCUUCGCCGGCGGCAGUAGCAACGGAAGGAGCAAGGUAGCUGUCGGGAAGGGGGCAUCUCCGAGCAAGCGGCGCUUGUGAACGAGGUCAGCGCGUGUUGGGCAGUGUGUAUGGAGGUUUGCUGCGUGUGGCAUGAGACACAUGGACAAGGCCAAUCAUGUGAUUGGGGGUUGCUGGCUUUCAUGGUGGAGUAGCCAUCACGCUCGGGAAUUUGCGCUCGCACACUGACGAUGAUGAAUGGCACAUGGACGUCAGCAGUACCGGUACCUGGUGCGCUGCAAGGGCAGCACAUGUCACUGGUUUCCGGUUGUUUUGUGUGGGAACGCGGCGAGUGCAAGAGAGCCCCCGGUAAGCUGGACAGUGACAGUCAGCUGGUAUGGGUGGGCUGUGGCGAUGUGCGGGAAUGGAUGUAACUAACGGAUGAA